AUAUCAGUUGUAUUUUAGACCUCAACGAGUAUAAAACGUUGCGUUUAUUAUAAGACGUUUUUGUGUGUUACAAACAUAAAUACUUACUUGGAACAAAAAAAAAAAAAAAAAACAAGUUAAAGCCAAAGUAAUAAAAAAUCAAUAAAAAACGUCUAGCAAAUUCUUAAAAGUUAAUAAUAACCAAAAAAGUAAAAAAAAAUAUCUUUAAGGCAAAAAAGGGUCCUUUAAAGAAAACCUGUGCUAAACAAAAAUUUUGUGUUUUAAUAAAAAAAUAAAAUAAAAAUAAAUAUGCCUCCUACCGGUAUUUCUCUUGAUGAAGCUGAUCAUCAUCAUGAUUAUAAAUCCUAUUUUGAACAUACACACACCAAUGGCAAUGGUGCCCAUUUGGUAAAUGACCAAGAAGAUGAAGAGGAUGAUAUGUAUGCUGCAGUUCGUGAACAUACCAGAUAUUCCGAUGGCACAGUUAAACUACGUAAUCCCAAUAUUGAACUUAUGGAUCAGGAUAUUUUAUAUCAUUUGGCCUUAGGCAGUGAAUCGCACGAUUUACAUGAAAUGUUUGGUGAUGUCAAGUUUGUUUGCAUGGGCGGGACACCAAAGCGUAUGGAAAACUUUGCACAUUUCAUAAUGAAUGAAAUCGGCUAUAAAUUACCAGCGGGCACAAUGUUACAGGACAUUAGUGCCUACUCGUAUCGUUAUUCCAUGUACAAAGUUGGUCCAGUACUUUGUGUUAGUCACGGCAUGGGAACGCCCUCUGUUAGCAUUUUAAUGCAUGAAAUGAUUAAACUGAUGUAUCAUGCCAAGUGCCAUGAUCCCGUUUUCAUACGUAUUGGCACUUGUGGUGGUAUUGGUGUUGAGGGUGGUACUGUCAUCAUAACCGAGGAUGCCUUGGAUGGUCAACUUCGGAAUUCGCAUGAGUUUACUGUUUUGGGCAAAACUAUACAUCGUCCCGCUAAAUUGGAUAAAAAACUGGCCAGAGAACUUAAAUCUUUAGCAAGUCAAGAUGAUCCCUAUGAUACAAUUAUUGGCAAAACUUUAUGUACCAAUGAUUUCUAUGAGGGUCAAGGACGUUUAGAUGGAGCUUUUUGUGAAUUCACCGAAGCCGAUAAAAUGGCUUAUUUAGAAAAAUUACGUGAGCAUGGUGUGGUUAAUAUUGAAAUGGAAAGCACCAUAUUUGCAGCACUGACAUAUCAUGCCGGCAUCAAAGCUGCUGUGGUGUGUGUGGCAUUGCUUAAUCGUCUAAACGGUGAUCAGGUCAAUGCGCCCAAAGAAGUUAUGAAUGAAUGGCAAGAACGUCCUCAAAUUCUAGUGGCACGUUAUAUACGCAAAGUAUUAGCCCAAAAGGGCCAAUUGAAAAAUUUGUUCGGUCAACAAGGUUCCAUUAAAUCACCCAGACGUUUCAAAUUGGUACAACAAGAAUCUCAAGCUCAUGAAUAAAUUUUAAAUAACAAAAAGCCGGAAUAUUACCAAAUAAAUUUAUUUAACUACAAAUUAUUUUUGUAGUUGAAUUAUUCUCAUUAACACAAAACACAGACAAGACACACUAAACUAUAAACUAAAUAAUGUUAUAAAUAAAUUAAUUAAAACUACAUUAGGUUAUAGUCUAAAAAGAGUUAAAAAUCUUUCUAAACCUUUGAAAAAAAAAAUAGACAUACUCUAUAUACUUACAUAUAUAAAUACGUUCUUUAUUCCUCUUAAAUAAAUCUAAAACUUAAUAAACAAUUACAUAAAUAUAUUAAAUAAACCAAAAUAUUAUACUAUAUAAAUAUUUACACAAAUAUAACUAUGUAUUAUAUGGACAUUUAAGAAAAAAAUCUGUUUAUUUUUGUAAAACUUAUAAAAAAUCGUUCUGAAAUUUUUAAAUUUUCUAGACCCAGUUGUCUAUAGUUUUACAAAAAUUAGCUUAAAGGCCAAAAUUUAUAAAAUAUUUUAUUUAUUUUUUUUUAAUUCUAUAAAACUUUUUUAGUUUUCCUAGAAUUAAAAAAACAACUUAAAACAUUUUAUAAAUAUUGCUUUUUAAAUUAAAAUUUGCACAUUUUUUGUUAUUAACAAUUAUGUUUUUAGAACAAUUUUUGUUGUAAGAGUACUAAUUUAACAAAAAAAAAAAAAUUAAAAAUAAACCAUAAAUUCCAUAUUUAUUGUAAUAUAAGUCAAUUUCAUCAUAUUUUUAUUUUUUUUAUUAAUAUUUUUAUUUAAGGGUUUUUUAAUUAUAUUUUUUAUUUUAAUUUUUAGUUUUAUAUAAAUUUUUUUUUAUAAAUAUAUCAAAACAAAGCAUUUAAUUUGUGUAAAAAAAUAAAAUAAUUUCUUAAAACCGAAACAAUUUAGUUUUAAUUCAAAAUAUUUAAUACAAAUUAAAAUAAUUUUUCUUAAUAUGUUUAACAACUUUCGUUAUAUUUAUACACUUAGCUUAGCAACAUUUGUAAGCAACAUGUUGCUACAGAUGUUAGAGCAAGCAUCUUUAGUGAAAGUAAAUUUUGGAAACGACAUUUAAAGCACAAAAGUAUUCCAUUUUGUCUACAUUUAAGUUUUUUAUUGCAACAGAUCUCAAGUAGUAAAGCAACAACAUUUUAAAGAAAAACUAAUGCAUAA